AUGGAAGAGGAAGAGCUAGACUAUGAGCCAGAAGAAGAGGAAGUGGGUUUGCUGAAAGAACAAACAGAAAAGGAAGCGUGUUUGCUGAAGGAACAGAGAAUUAAAGGUAGCAGUAAUAAUAAAAAAAGAUCAAGACCAUGCUGUAUAUGCUCUGGGAGUCGGUGGACAGCUUGCCUAGAUGGGGAUUUCUUAAAGGAGGAUAAGAGAAUUCUUCACACUAUUGGAAUCCAUCCAAAGGAAGCAGGGAACCAGAUGGGUCGGCACAUUAAAAAAUUUAAGAGAAGAAUCCAAGGUAAUUUUUUAGCAAUAGGAGAAUGUGGAUUGGACGUAAGUCAGGGGGAGAAAGAUAUGAGAGAGCAAGUUAAGAUACUACGAGUACAAUUAGAGUUGUCCAGAGAUUGCAAGUUACCCGUCGUAAUUCACUGCAGAGGUAAAAACAUAACUGCCAGGUGCUUGGAUAUUAUGUCAGAGAUACUGGUCAGGGAUCAUGGUGUCCACUGGCACUGUUUCUCGCAAGAUAAAAGAACAUACGAAAAUAUAAAGUGGUGUUUUCCUAAUACCAAAUUUGAUAUUUCUCCAUUACUAUUAAUGGAAGAUACCUAUCCACAACUCCGCUCACAGGUUUGCGAGAUGAGCCUAGAGGACAUCAUUCUGGAGAUUGAUGCACCAUACCUCCACCCCAAGAACUAUGAGGGCAGUUCUCCAAUAUUGAUAAGAUCUAUUAUACAGAAAUUGUCCAUCAUGUUUAAUGUUCCAGGAAGGGAAAUUGCUGACAUCACCACCCGAAAUGCUCAGCCGCUAUAUAAGUUUGAAUAG